AUGAAGACUUUGCUUAAAUUACAGAGUCUCAAAUCCUUAUGGAUUCCCAAAUCAAGUUGUAGGCUUUUCCAUAAGCAGCCCAAGCUUCUUGCCCCAGAGCUGUUUUCACAGGAUGAAUCUAUCAGGCAGGGUGAACAGCAAGUGCCUGAAUACUUUAACUUUGCAAGUGAUGUGCUGGAUAAAUGGUCUCAGAUGGAAAAGGAUGGAAAGAGAUCAUCAAACCCAGCCUUCUGGUGGGUAAAUGGAAGAGGAAAUGAAGUGAGGUGGAGCUUUGAGGAGCUGGGAUUCCACUCCCGAAAAGUGGCCAAUGUCCUCUCUGAUAUAUGUGGUCUGCAGAAGGGAGACAGAGUUAUGCUGAUUCUGCCCCGGAUACCGGAAUGGUGGCUGGUGAACGUGGCUUGUAUGAGAACAGGGAUCAGCCUUGUUUUAGGGACCUCUCAAUUAACAGCUAAAGACAUUUCGUAUAGACUUCAGGCUUGUAAGGCCAAGUGUAUCAUUACCAAUGAUAUGCUGGCAUCCGCAGUGGACGCAGUUGCAUCUGAUUGCCAGUUUCUGAAAACCAAGUUAAUUGUAUCCGAAGGCAGAAGAGAUGGGUGGCUGAACUUUAAUGAACUAUACAAAGCACAACCUGCUGAACACAUCUGUGUUAAAACAAAGAUUCAAGACCCAAUGGUUAUCUACUUUACUAGCGGAACCACAGGUUCUCCAAAAAUGGCUGAACACUCCCAGGGCAGUCUUGGUUUUAGACCUGUCAUAAGUGAAAGAUACUGGCUGGAUUUGACUCCUGAAGACAUGAUGUGGUGCUUAUCAGAUACAGGCUGGAUAAUAGCUUCGCUGGGGUCUGUUCUUGAUCCAUGGGUUUUCGGAUCAUGUGUCUUUGUACAUAACCUUCCACAGGUUGAAUCAACAACUAUCCUAAAUACUCUCUCCAGAUUUCCCAUCACCGCUAUCUUUGGUGCUCCGACUUUGUUCCGCAUGCUGGUGCAGCAUGAUCUUACCAGUUACAAGUUCAUGAGUCUGCAGCACUGUGUGAGUGGAGGGGAGCCACUCAACCCAGAAGUGAUGGAGCAGUGGAAAAGGACAACUGGCCUGACUAUCUGUGAAAUGUAUGGACAAACAGAAACAGGAAUAAUUUGUUCGGUUUUCAAAGGGAUGAAGAUUAAACCAGGAUCAAUGGGAAAGACAGCUCCCCUUUAUGAUGUUCAGAUCAUAGAUGAGAAUGCUAAUGUUCUGCCUCCUGGACAAGAAGGGGAAAUUGCCAUCAGAAUCAAACCUAAAAGGCCACUUGGUCUUUUCUCUAAGUACAUAGAUAACCCUGAGAAAACCGCUUCAUCAGAACGUGGAAAUUUUUUUAUCACGGGGGACAGAGGGACUAUGGAUGAAGAAGGAUAUUUCUGGUUUCUUGGAAGAUCUGAUGAUAUCAUCAAUUCUUCAGGGUAUCGUAUUGGACCAUCUGAAGUAGAGAAUGCCUUGAUAGAGCACCCGGCUGUAGUAGAAUCUGCUGCUGUCAGCAGCCCAGACCCCCUCAGAGGCGAGGUGGUGAAAGCUUUUGUGGUCUUAUCGCCUGCCUUUUCCUCAUGUGACCUGGAAAAAUUAAGACUUGAGUUGCAGGAGCAUGUCAAGAAAGUCACCGCUCCAUACAAAUAUCCCAGAAAGAUGGAAUUCGUCCAAGAGCUCCCCAAGACAAACACCGGGAAAAUCAAGAGGAAUGAGUUAAGGAACAAAGAAUGGGGGCGAAAGUAA